CUCAUCAUCCGUAGGCUGACAAAACUAGGGAAACGCAAACUGAAAUGCUCCGGCGAACAAACAGGGUGCACACGAUGUCUCAAACAGGAUCUUUUCUGUCACUACUCGGAACAGAAACAGAUGGGACGGCCGCCGAAAAAGCGCUUACGGGAGGACGAUGAUCCUUCGCUGCUAGGUUUAGAUACUGGGCUAUGGGGCGCGGAUAUUGAUCUCAGCCAUGUUCUGUCCACCGACCCUGUGGGAAAUGGCAUAACUUCAGCAGACGCCUUACAGCCAGCAAUUGCAGCCUAUACCCCACAGACAACCCCUCCUGCUCCCUUGGCAGACGACACCCAGAGCCCACAGAGCCGAAUGGAUCUCGCAACGCCCCUGAACUGUGUCCCUACGACCACAAGUCCUUGGCCGGACUUCUCCAGUGUCUCUGCGGCGACAGCUAGUCUGACGCCGCUUCCACCGGACGUGUCAUACCCUUCCCCUGACUCCUCUGAUUCGCCAGACCAACAAUGCUCAUGUCUCUCACGUCUCUACUUAUGCCUCAGCCAUCUCUCCUCCCUCGCUCCCUUCCCGGUCUCACAACAUACCUUCUGCUCGUUAUACAUUGCCGCGCGAACCGCCCGGGAAGUCAUUCAGUGUCGAAUAUGCCCACUCCGCUUCGGCACAGGGAUGCAGAACGUCAUGUGUACCGGGACCCUGCUUGCGGUCCUUGCUGAUGCAUGGCUCCGCGCUUAUAAAACAAACCCGACGGAUCUAGGCAAGCAGACGACGUCGUCCGCGUACGCUGCGACGAUCGAACAAUCACCCGAUCCGGCAGCUGGUUGGAAAGACUGGCUACGACAGACUGUACGCAGCGCGGUCGUUGGCGGGCCCUACGACCCUGCCGGUUCCCCGCAAGUCGUCAAAACCCCCAGUCUCCUCGCCCUCAUUGAGGAGAUGGAAGCACGCCAGCGAUUAUGGCACGAGUCGCAUCCCACGCCUCCAGAGGAACGUCUUCUAGCCGUACCCAAUUGCAAGACGGAUGAGAGUGAAAUGUUAUGCCUGCGGGUCAUCAAAAGCGCGAGGGAGGUCAUCGCUAAGUUUGGAUUUGAGCCGUACGAUUACCCGGAAGGGAAAGCGCCUGUGACGAGCAGCAUGUAGCUGUGAUUAGGUUUAUAUUGGUCUUUUCUGGAGUUGGUGUGUGUUGAUCUUUCGUGGGAUCGAUCGACAGCUAUUCUAUGUGUGCAUGAUGUUCAAGCGUAAAUUUGUGCUUUCGAUACCAAUGUGUUACAGGUUAUGCGGACA